GGCGGAAGGGAGCGGUCGACAAGUUUUCAGGCGCUGUUUCCUGGGGCACAAGAGGGCUGCGAAAGUGAAAGGAGGAGAUGGCUGAGAGCCACCAGAGCUCUGUGAGUUUAACUGAUAAUUUACAGUGCCCCAUCUGCUUGAGCUUGCUAUCCGACGCGAGCACCCUGGACUGCGGCCACAGUUUCUGCCGAAGUUGCGUCGCCAUGUACUGGGACAGUCAGCAAACUCCCCGCCUCUCCUGCCCCGAGUGCCGGCAGGUCUUCCCCGACCGGAACACCAAGGUGGUCUACGCCCUCCGGCGCGCCGUGGAGCACGUCCGCAGGGCUAGGGCCCCCAAGCCGGCCACUCCGCCCUCCGGGGACCGCUGCCCCCGGCACGGAGAAAGGUUCAGCCACUUCUGGGAGGCGGAGAGGGCGCCGCUAUGCCGCGGGUGCUUGGGCGAGACUGCUCAGCCACAGGGGGCGGUCAGGAGCAUCGCGGACGCCGUCGCUUUUCACAAGGAUGCACUAAAAGGUUUGUUGAGCGAACUGGAGGAGUCUGAGAGAAGGUUAACCGAGGUUCAACUGAAACAGAAACACAACAUCGCCAAAGUUCAAGAGACCUUUGUGGCUCGAUUAAACCACGUUAAGCAGUGCUUCACUGAGAUGGGGAAGUUCAUGCAGAGAACGGAGCAAGGUUUGAUAGAAAAACUGGAGGCCAGGGCAGAAAACACGAUGAAGGAGAUGGAAGUGAGACUGAAGGAGAUCCAGGAAGCAUUGGCAUCUGUGGCAGCAGAAAUGGCAAAGAGGAAAGAAGCGAUGGAGGAAGAAGACGACUUGAAAUUCCUUCAGGGAUUGAGCAGCCUAAAGCCUAGGACUGCAGAAGACAUUAAGGCACUUGAAGAUACAUCUGAAGAUCCCUCAUUGGAAAUAUUAAACGGCCCAUUGCAGUACAGUGUGUGGCAGGAACUGGGCAAAGUCAUCAAGCCAGGGCCGACCUCACUGAUGCUUGAUCCUGACACAGCCAACCCCUGGCUCCGGCUGACCCCUGACCUCACCGGCGUGCAGUGGGCCCCCCAGAAACGCUCAGUGCCCGACGGUGACCUGGGGCGGUACGACCUGUGCCCGUGCGUCCUGGCCUCGUCCGGCUUCGAUUCGGGGCGUCACUACUGGGAGGUGAGGGUGGCAGGCUGCGCCAGCUGGACGCUGGGGGUGGCCUCGGGACGGGCACCGAGGAGGGGGGACAUUCUGCUGUCCCCUCCCAAUGGCUACUGGACCCUGGGCUUGAGGGAGGGCAGCCAGUACAGGGCCUUCUCGGUCCCUCUGAGCGACCUGUGGCCUCCCUUCAGGCCCCAGGUGAUUGGCGUCUACCUGGACUAUGGCGGUGGGCAGCUCUCCUUCUACGAUGCCAAUGGCCUGCGCCACCUCCACACCUUCGGGGGCUGCACCUUCGAGGGCAAGCUCUACCCCUUCUUCAGCCUAGGCUGGGACCACCAGCAACACCAUGCAGGGGCGAACCCCUCCUCCUCCGAGCCCCUGCAGCUGCUCAACCCGCUGGCCGCUCCCUCCCCCAACGAGGACAAGGGCCGGGAGUCCUGCCCGUGCUCCGAGUCCCGGGCAGUGGACGAUGCCACCCUCCCUCAUGUGGAAGGGGCUCACCGUUGCCAUCACCACCCUGCUGGGCUGGGCCCGAGCAGUUUGGGCCCAGGGGCCUGGCUGUGCCUGGGGGCGCUGUUGGCGUUGUGCGUGCUGGCUCCCGGGCGCCUGGCCGAGAGCUACCUGGUGUGCUGCGGGGUGAUGGGGCUGGUGGCCUGGAGCUGGUCCCUGCUGGACAGGGACGGGAGCCCAAGGGCGGUGGAGGUCUGCCAGGUCUGCUGCGGGGCCCUGGCCUACGCCGGGCUCUGGUGCCUGGCGCUGGCCUAUGCCAGGCUGCUGGGGGCCUGCUCGCUGGCUGUGAGCCUGGGGGGCCUGAUGCUGAUCCACAGGGCUCACUCGGGCCUGGCGCUGGCUCCCGGAACGGCAGCCCUGCUCGGGCUGCUGGGCCUGUCGGACUCCGAGGUGUGGGCCUGGUGGACGUGCUGUGGCCUGCUGGGCUACGCUGGGUUGUGCCUGGCCGUGCUGGGCCGCAGGGCCCAGGCAGAGCUGUGCUGGUGGUGCUGCGGUGUCCAGGGUUACUUUGGCCUGUGUCUCCUGGUUCUGGGCGCCUGGCCAUUGGCCGGUGUCUGCUGGAUCCUGCUGGGCAUCGUGGGGCUCGCUCUUGGAAUGACGGGCCACUUUGAGAUCCACUGGCUCUGGGCUGGCAUUCUGAGUUACUGUGGCGCGUGGUGCCUUCUCCUGGCUGAUGCUGCGCUCUCCGCUGUCGCUCUGGGCACGGCUGGCUUCAUUUGGUCAAGCUGGUCCCAUCUCCCUCACUAGGCAGGGCCUUGUCUCCUUCGUCUUUAAGACUCUUUCCCCCCGCCCUGUGCCUGCGUGUGUUUCCUCCAGGUUUCCUCCCAAAGAUGUGCAGGCUGGGGUGGAUUGGCCAGGCCAUAUUGACCCAUAGUGUUCUGGGUGGGUUAGCCAUGCAGGGUUUAUAGGGAUAGGUUGGGGGAAGAGAGCUGCACUGUCUGGGUGGGACGCUCUUUGCAGGGUGGGUGAGGAACCGAUGGGCCAAAUGGCCUGCUUCCACACUGUAGAGAUUCUAGGGUACCAGGAAAGCUCCCGUAUGGCCGAUUUUUAUUUUACGAAACCCAAUCGCACGUGGAUUCCGUUGUGUCACUCGACGCGAGGAACACGUCUGUACCCAGAGUGGCUACAGCGUGUUAAUGUUUUUGUCUCUGCUCUUGGUAACCAGGUGGGCUCGAGUGAAAUCGAAACCAAUCUGUGCACUGCGCAGAGUUAUUCGCCAAGUGAGACGUUGCAAUCGUGGAGCAUCUUUAUUUGGAUUUUUUUUAACCAACCCAUUCAGAGGUAUCAUUGCAUAUCUCUGGAGGAGGUGGGACUUGAACCUGGGCCUCCUGGCUUAAAGCUCGGGACACUACAACUGUGUCACGUGAGCCCCGGUCUCUUUUGUUUGGAUUCGGCCAUCCUCCCCACCCCGAAUCACCCGUGGUUAAUAUGUGUGUAUAAGUAUAUAUUUUUACAGUGAGACAGGAAAAAGAAGCCACCACUUUGAAUGGGCAUUUUAGAUACACAUAUAAUAUUUUUCUCCACCGCCAGAAAAACACCCAUGUGGCCAGUUGAAUAUUUACAAGCAAAGCCUGUCAAGGGCAGCAACAUUAACAUUAAAAAGUGAGGUGGGAUGUGGCGUUGGGGUUUAGGGAGCACAGGGAGGGCUCAAAUCAAGAUGGAGUUGGAGGGGGAAAUAAAAGGCCUGAUGCGCUUGAAAAAUUAGCUUUGUUCUUCCAUUCCCUGCUGAUUUUUUAUUUUAAAACUUUGUAACCACAUCUGCAUCCAUCACUCCUUCUGGAAGUUCAUUCCACAUAUGAACUACACACUGUAAAACAAAAAAAAAUGCCCCUCACGUCUCAGUGGAAGAAAUAAAAAUCCCAGCCUCUCCUUACAGCUCAACACUUUCAGUGCUGGCAACAGUUUCUUGGUAAAUCUUUUCUAGAACCGCUCCAACUUAAUAAUGUCCUUUCUAUCAUCUUUGUUGUUUUAUUUUUAAAUUUCCAAUCCAUUCAAUCUGCAGCAUGGAUUGCCCAGCCCAAACUGAGUUCCGAGCCUGGUCUCCACGUGACUCCAGACCCGCCGCAAUGAGGGCUCAACUCUUAGCUCAGUUUGGGAAGGGCAAUCAGUGGUGACCGGUGACCCCCCCACAAUUUUUUUUAAAAAUCCAUUUAACCAGGACUGGAGUCAUGUGGAGACCAUGCGAAGUUGGCAGUUUCCUUCCCAAGAAAAUAAACGUGAACCACAAGGUUUUUUUUUCCGAAAACCCUGACAAUGGUUUUCAUUGUUAGGCUCUUCAUUCCCGAUUUUUUAACAAUUAGAUUCAAACCUGCCACGGUCCCCAGAACAGUACCUGGGUUUCCUGGAUUAACAGCCUAGUGAUAGAUAAUACCACCAGUCCAUCACCCCCUAAAUUAGUUUGUAGUUUGUAUCUGUGUAAUGGCCAAAUAAGUUCUACUGAACUGCGACAAAAUUAUAACCAACAACACUGCAUCCUUUUUUCUGUGAAAUAGCAACUGGACCAUGCUGGCUACUUUUAAUAUAGAGUGUGGCUACAAAAUCAGCCCAGAUUAAAAAAAUCUUUGUUUAGAUUGGGUAAACUAUCAAGCCAUCAAGUGAUGAGCACUCAGCGAUGGGCUGAAAGGCUCAAGAGGGAGUUCAAAGGGUCAAUUGUGAGGUUAUAAACCUCCCUGCUUUGUCCUCAAUUAGUUCGACAUUUUAACUUGUGAUGCCUGAAAUUUAAGCAGACUUUUCCGUGGCUCCGGUUCGCUCUCUCGUGUCCCUGGAAAAGGAGCACACAGUGCCCACCAAUCCUCUCGAUAUCUUUCGGGAGAGGUUGGCACUGCGGGGGUGUGGAGUGCUUUAACUGCCUCUCCAGUACUAUUUUGUUUUUGAUCCCUAUCCUUCCCGUCACCUUUUCAUUCACAUCGGCAUUGCCCCCGAGGGGCUGUGCUUGCUCCUGGGUCUUUGGUCGCGUGGGUGCUUUUACUGGCGGUGGGCUAUCAAAUAAAGUGAUUUACACACCUGGCGUUUUUGCUGUGUCUCGCACCUACACAGGAGGUACAAGAAAAGAAGCAGUCACUGUUCUAUGAUAAUAAAGUGUGAGGCUGGAUGAACACAGCAGGCCCA